CUCGACUGCCCCAGCAAUCCUCUUAAUUUUACUUCUCAUUUUUAUUUGGAGCCUUCUUUGCAUACCAAAGCUCGUUCUCUCUUUUUGGCAGUUUUUCCCCUUCUUUCUUGAAAAUAAAAGAAACCCUCCAUUUUAGACAGAGAUGGCAAAAUCGUCGAAGCCGGCGUUGUCCGAUGAAGCCCUAUCCAACUGCUUCAAUUCAUCAGAAGAGGAGCGAAUCGACGACCAGAUCAACGUCGACGAAGACGACGAAGAAGAGCUGAAAGCCGUUGCUCGUUCUGCCGCUGCCUCCGACGAAGACGAUGACGCCGCCGCUGAAGAGAAUACUGACGACGCUGACGAGGAUGAGUCUAACCGGGCUGAUCCUGAAGUUGGUAAGCGAGAAAAGGAGAGUCUAAAAGAAAAGCAGAAACUAAAGAAGCAGAAGAUUCAGGAAACAUUGGAUGCUUAAAAUGCCAAUAUGGUGUAUAUUCUAUGGAAAAAGUUGGCGUUCAGCUAAUUUUAAGUGUAUUAUUUGGUUCACUAAUGUCUGGUUUGAAGGCAGAAUAACAGGGGGAAGGGGGGGGGGGGGGG